CUACAGUGCUAGUUUAAAAUGCAUUUCAGCUUUCUUUAUUGACUGUAACUUAACAUCUGCUUCAGUAUGAAUGAAAGAGAGCUCGUGGUCGUCACAGGGUUCGGGCCGUUCAGACAGUUUUUGGUGAACCCCAGCUGGAAAGCUGCCCAGGCGUUGAAGUUGGCCGGGCUGGGAGAGACGGUCCGUGUUUACACCAAGGAGCUCCCAGUCAGCUAUGUGGCCGCCCGGCGAAUCAUCACUGAACUCUGGCAAACUCUGCAACCAAAAUUUGCUGUACAUCUGGGCAUUGUCAGAGGUUCGAGUGUGGUGAUUUUAGAGCAAACUGGGAGGAACAAUGGCUACAGAGAUAGAGACGUGUGUGGCUUUUGCCCUGAGGGUCACUGCUGCAUCGUAGGUGGACCAGAAAAACUGGACUCGGUUAUCGACACGAGGGCUGUCUCCAAGCACCUAAAACAAGCAGGGCAGAAUGUGAUUUAUUCAAGAGAUGCUGGCAGGUACCUGUGCGACUUUGCCUAUUACUGCUCACUGUACCAAGGUCGGCAGAGAGCAGUUUUCAUCCACAUCCCCUCAUCUGGCAGCCUUGCCUCAGCUGAUGAACUGGUACCCCUUCUGCAGACCCUCAUUCUUACAAUGCUCCAGCAGCUGGGGGAGCCCAAACAUCAUGAAGUGUAGCCCUUACAGUAAGAUAAUAUAUUGCAGCAAGUGCAGAAAUCAUGUCAAUGAAAGGAGACAAACUGCACCAUACGGGGUAAUAAUUAUAUGAAGCAAUCUGGUUCUCAUUUAUUUAUUCAAAAUUUCAGAAAAAGUAAAAUACAUGAAAUUCUCAGAUACACAUUUGGAGAUGGUGUGUCGAAAAUACACCAUCCCAUCUAUAGGUCUGAAAAAAACUUUGAGGCCUCAGAUACAGAGCUCGAGAGAAGACAGUCUAGUGAUAUUAUUUUGAUUAUUUCUUUCCCUAAUCGUGAUCUAAAUGCACAGAUUUUGCAAAAAUAUAAGAUAGUACUAGACCAAGGCCCCUCAGAAGGUGUAGGAAUGCAAAUCAUAAAAACAGACAUGAUAAUGAUAAACCUCAAGCCUGUUAUUGCAGUGGAAUGCACUGUUGCAUCCUCUAUAAACCUGAAAUUUGAACAGAAAACAUUCCGAAGAAUCAAAAAUGAUGAACACGAUUCAACUGAACAUAGUUAAUGUAUAUUUAUGCUG